AUGCGGCAAGCGGUUGCGUUGCUGCUGACCGCAUGUGCUGUCUCUGCACAGAUUGCGUGGACACCAAUAUUCUUAGACGGCAGCAGUCAAGUCGACCUGUGGACGCAGUCAUCAUCAGGUUGUGCAUGCCCAGGUCAAGGAGGAGAGGAGUGCGCCUGUUGCGUGCGCGACGGAGCAUGUCCCUGUGGGGAUUUUGCUCCGGGAAGAUGCGCUCAAUGUGGACUUGAACAAUUCUGUUCGAAUAUGUGCAAUAUGACUAUUGACUCGCGAGUCCUCAAGAAUAAGUCUGGCAAAACUUUCGGCCAGAUCAAAUCUCCAUCCAUAGAGGGUCCCAGCACAUGUUCCUACAUCCUUCAGCCAGAUGCAGGACAGCGAGUUGAAAUUCAAGUGUAUCGACUCGUUUCUGUUGGGAGAUACAACGGGUCCAGUUGUGUAGGUGGUUGGUUGCAACUGAGUGGUGCCAGCGCUGUCCAGGAUGCCAGUGGCGCAGCUGACACAAGAUUGUGUGGUACUAACGAACGAUACACGCCUCCAGUUGUAUUGUUUGCUGACCACGGCGCUGCUGCUCUUGAUUUUAGGAUAACUGAGAAAACUGAAAGAUCGCAGUUCCUGGCUUUCUUCAGUUUUACAUCUUUAAGCAAUACACAGGGCGUUGGUUUCCAUCCCAGAGGUGGCUCCAGAAUUCCUAAUACAGAUUGUGACUGGUUGUACCAAGACGUCUCGUGUCGUGGCAGCGGUACAUGUGUAUUAGCAAGUCCUGGAUAUCCUGGCCUGUACCCUCCACAUCGCCGAUGCCGAUAUCUCUUUGCUACAAACUCGGUACACACCAGGGUCAAAAUUAUAUUUACAUCUAUAUUGCUACCUAAGAACCAUUGUACUACGGACUAUUUAACGCUCCGGGCUGGCAGUUCGCCGUCAGCACCACUUCUCGCUUCACUCUGCUCUGAAAGAAGCGCAACAUUAGAACAUCCCGGGCCAAAUUUGUUACUGGAAUUCAAUUCUGGGCCUUUGGUAUCACCAUAUGACUACAAUGGCUUCAUUGCGAAGUUAGAAUUUCUUGAGAAAAUAGAAGAAAAUAUUCUUACACCUACAAUAGCUGCUGCGCCACCACUCGCUGCUCUCACGCACUAUACAUAUGGGGAAAAUAAUGUAGCAGUCGAUAACGAUGCAACAUCAAACGAAAUAUCAAAUAAUAACGGACGUAUAGGAUGUGGUGCAACGGUUCGUGGUUUUGGAGCGGGUGUAGUAAGAUCAGGACAUUUUGAUACAAGAGCAACGACAUGGCGAGCACAAUGUAUAAUACAUUUACUUGGAAUGCCCACUGAUGUGGUUCAAGUGUCUUUAUUUAAUUAUAAUUUAAGGUUACAAGGUUGUAGAUCUCAUAUUGAGGUCUUGGAAGGUGUUCAUGAAUAUGGAUUAAAAGGGGAUAGGGGUGAUAGAUAUGAAAGAGGAGACAGAGCUCUCCUAAGGAUAUGUGGUCCUUCUGUAAGAGAAGCAAGAGAUCCUUCGGGAAGGUUUUUAGUAAGACAGGCCGUUACAUCUAAGAGUUCAAACUUAACCAUAUUAGUGAGAAGAGCAACAACCCAAAGUGUGGACGAAGAGGAAUUUGUGGAUGGCGCCUUCUCAUUUCAUGACGAACAGCAUGAGGGUACGGUUUCACCCGAUGCUACAUGUGCAUCCACUCACUACGGCCUUGCUGCGCCGGUUCAAGGCGGGGUUUCAGCUCCUUCACAUCAUCACAUUUUUUGGAAUAUUGAGGAAAGACUUAUGUGCACUCAUCGGUUUAUACCAGCAACUAAUCAAAGUGUUACUAUCGAGAUCCAAAGAUUGGAGCGUAUGUGGAGUGCUGAACCAACUGGAAGUGUGGUGACAGGAACUGGUGGAUGUCGUACCGCUUGUGGUGAUGCUGGUUGCGAAUGUCGAGCUAACACACCACUUCGAUACCACGACCAUGUGGCACUUGUAGCAGGCGAUGGUACACACCUGUCCUGUCUUUGUGGCGAUUUCCAGGCUGCUUGGCUGCCUGUUGUAGUUAGAAGCUGGACGAGCUUGCGCUUGGAGUAUUCAGUCGCCCACUACACGUACGCCAGUCGAGGAUUUGAUUAUGCUGCUGCAUAUAGCUUUAAUGACGAUGCUAUGUGUGGUCAACGCACGUACACCACACAUUCUGGGGAGAUAUCGUCGAAGAAUGUUUCCGUUACGGGCAGUUUAAAUGAAUUUUUUUAUCAACAAUGUACUUGGGUGUUGGACUCUAAUGUUGAACGACAACUUUACAUUGAUAUAUGGUCAGAACAGGAUAAGUCGUGCAGCUCGUGGAAUAUUACACUUCACGAAUGGUCGGGCAUGGGGGCGCACAGUGAAGGCGGGCUGGCAGCAUCGGCUGGCGAUCUACUUUAUACCUUCUGUGCUCGUCAUAAGAACCAUACAUACACGCUACCCUGGAGACUCAACACAGUUGUUAUUAGAUUAGUUGCACUAUCACGACAACAACCAUUAUAUACAAUCCGAUGGCGGUCACAAGUAGUGCGGGCUAACAGGCUCAGUCCGCCCACACCAGCCCCCGCAGCAGCAGCCAUCGCCUCCAAUCUCGCGCCAUACAAUGUUAUUUUAAUUUUAUUGGCGCUCACACGGUACUUAUACCCAAAGGUAGUAUUAAGCACAUAA